ACCGCGGCGAGCAAUGACAAAACACGGAAAUAGGCUUUUUAAACAAGGGGACUACGCAUCGCUGGCUUUGUGAUACAGAAUUGUGCAUGUAUGAUUGGUAGAAGCAGUGACACAAUCUAAAGAUUAAAAGCAUAUUUGGCCACGUUUUUGCAAAAAGGCAAACAAAUUAAACUAUACGCUGAACGUGAUACCUGAGGCAUAGAGACGAUCAUCGAAAUGGUAUAUGAGGAGUUAAGCGCUCGUCUGAACGAGUCCGGCUAUAAAAACUGGCUGAAAGCGGGCUACUGCCUCCUAAAAGUGAAAGACGGGCUGUGCGACUUCGUGAAUAAUGAAAUUAAAUGUUUUCAUGUGGUUAUAAUUAAAAGUAACCAUGUGCUGAGAUCUGGCAGGCAAUGCCAGAACCAAUGCAGACCAAAGGGAAACCAGUUCACGUCGGCCUGCUCAGUGUGCCGCGAAUGGAAGGCGGAGAUUUUACGGCAUCACACCAGUACAGCAGGGGUGGUGAACUGGAGCAACUGUAAGCCGUGGCUCUGGUCCUUUGAGCAUUGGGAGCUGGCAAAGGCUUACAUGCCUCGUGGGCAGGCCAACAGCACCGGCCCGGAGCAGUGCGAUGCUGCCGCGCUCCUCAACCUCAUCAACUUCUGCAACCACUUCAGCUCUAUAGACCAGCAGAGUGUCAGGGAGGUGAUCAGGCAGAGAAAUGAGCUGAUGCACUCCUGUGAGAUGCGGGUGUCUCCCCAGUGGAUGACGCAGUUACAGAGGAACCUGGACCAGCUACUGCAGCAGCUCAGACGUGUCACUAAGGUGGCUGAUAUCAGUCAGGAGAUACGGGAGAUCCUGUCGGCUGAUUGGUCGGUGAGCUUCACUGAGUCAGAUGCUGUUGACUGCGCUCAGUGCGAGGGGGUCGAGCCGGAGUUCAUCAGCCAGCUGGAGACUGAUCUACUGAGGGAGAAACUGGACGAUCUGUUGGUCCGCACUGAGUCGGAACCCCCCCCUGACCCAAAGGAUCUUGAGGAGUUGGGGAAGCUCAAAGAAUUCAUUCGACUCCACCCAGAUUUGGAAAAGAGCUUUCAGACUCACUUUUGCAAAGAUCAAUCACAGCAGUUUGAAGGAGAUUCCAUGAAAUGAUGCUGGGACGCUUGACAAGGUGUAUAUUACAGCAGGCAGGUGGUGAUUGGCGAAUGAAUCAGCAGAAACGCCGUGCUUUCAAAUAAAGGCAGUUAAACAGUAA